ACAAUUGAAAGUUUGCUUGAAUUUUCUUUUCUCGGCUUUUUAUUUUGCCUCAGAAUUUUUUUUUUAAAACUGUUACAAAAGCUAAACGAAAUGUCAAAGUUUUUCCAUUCGCUUGGUUUAAAUAUUAUUUAUCUUGUGCUGUUAAUAUGCGGCUUGCGUUCAGUAACAGCAGUCCCUGCAGGACAAAGUGCUUUAACAGCUGAAGCCGAAGAUCUCGAAACGGGAGCUACUGCGGAAUUGGAAAAGGACGAAGAUUUGGAAAGCUCCUCUUCAUUCGGCUACGGUUACUACUCCUAUCCUUAUUAUAGAUCUUAUGGUUAUCCUUACUCUCCUUCCUAUUAUGGUGGCUACUACGGUUUAGGUUAUCCCUACUAUGGCGGUGGCUAUUAUCCGGGUCAUUAUCAUGGCCUCUACGGGCAUUACUUUUAAUUACUUUUAAUUUGAAUUUAAACGCAUGCUUAUGUAAGCACAAUAAUCAUGUAAGA